AUGCAGAAAAUGUAUUCUGAGAUGUGUAAAAAGUUCACCAUCCAGAAUAACGUAAAUAUUCCACAACUGAUGGUUGAUUUGGAAAAGAUGCUGAAAAUCUGUCACAAUGCCGAAGUAAAAACCUACAGUCAUCUCAUGAAGCUACCCAAGAAAAAGAAGCGUAUACCAAAGUUCUAUAGACUCCCGUAUCGAAAAAAGACUGAUAACGGCUGGAAGCAUAUAGAAAAUUGUCGGGUCUCGAUCCGAAGUGAUUCUUUUGCAUUGAACCUUAUUUUUUCAGAUCUACUGCGCAAAGAUGUUUACGGAAGGGAAUCCAUUGAAAGGAUACAUAAUCAUGAAGUAUCUAGAAGACCUAAAAGUUGUGCCGGCAUAUGA